GGCAGGGACAUCUGACCAUGGGGUCGGGGCUAGGGGAUUGCCCACGACCUCUGGAGACGGAGAGCUGGGACUUGAGACUAGUAGGGCACAUCUGGAUUCCCUUCCUCAUAUGUCCUGCUGUAGUGUGUUAAAAGGAAUUAGGGGUGGAGAAAUUUAAACUGUUAAAGUCUGGACCUGAUUUCUCUCUAGGACCAUGUGGUAUGUGGUUCAUUAGCAAAUUGUGAAACACAUAGGCAUAAACCUGUGUUCUUGAGGGUCUAUGUUUAUGAUCCAGCUAGAAACUGCGUCUGGAUCCCAUGUAUCAUCCUUUCUGUUCCAAGGACCCUCUUUGCCUCUUCCUGCACAUCUAUUUAUGGGAGAAAAUGGAGUUUGGGGUUGCAGUUUAGGGACUGAACUAGCCUCAUGAUCAGUCACAAGGCUGGUUUGGGGGAAGCAUUUGGAGAAGUUCUUAUGACUGGACUUACAUCAGGAAUUUAACAAUUGAGACAUAAUAUUCAUCAGGCAUCCCACCAUCUGAAAGUUUUAGCAACAAAGAAGUCACAUGUGAAUUUGUCAGUGCUUAUGGCGUUGGUUCAAGUGCUGUCAUAAAUAACUAGAAGUUCUGUUUUUGAUUACUUUUAGAAUAGGUUUCAUCUGGACUUCAGGCAUUUCCUUCCUCAGCAAAACCACGUUAGUCUGGGAGAGCUAGUCUCCCACCUGGAAGCAGUGACAACUCUUAGCCAACAAGCUUAUAAGUUACAAGUUAUUUUGGAGCCUAUAGCUUCCUUUACAUACUUUUUUCUAGCCUUUUGUGUUUAUCCCCUCAUCCUUGAUGUAAGGAUCACAUUCAAAAACAUGUUUCAGAGUUGGAAAGAGAGAUAAUAAAAAAGGGACAGGAAAAGGUACAAUCCCCCAAUAUAAUAAAUAAUACAUAGGGAUGGGGAAGACCAGGAAUGUGUCCUGUUUAUCCAUCCAAGAGAAGAUAAGCCCCAAUUUGAGUACUGUGUAUUGAGGUCUCUUGUGUCUGCCCUCGAAGUCAUGUGAAACUAAAUAGCUAGUAUUCCACAUGCACACACAGAAAAACUGCAAAUCCUGUGCCUCCAUCCCUCCUCCCUCACCCCCCCUUCUCAGCAUUUCUAUCUCCGCUUCACUCCCCUAUUCAAAUUUUCCAGCCAGCAGCUAGAGCAGACUUCCGCAAUCCUAGUGGAAUAAAUCCAGCACCGCUGGUCACCCGCCCGCAUUGUCCGCAUUCCCUGCUGAAACGAGCCCAGGGACAGAUUCCGGCAGCAGGAUGUGGGGGCUCAAGGUUCUGCUGCUGCCUGUGGUGAGCUUUGCUUUAUAUCCUGAGGAGAUACCGGACGCCCAGUGGGAACUCUGGAAGAAGAUACACAGGAAGCAGUACAACAGUAAGGUGGAUGAAAUUUCUCGGCGUUUAACUUGGGAAAAAAACCUGAAGCUUAUUUCCAUCCAUAACCUUGAGGCCUCUCUUGGUGUCCAUACGUAUGAACUGGCCAUGAACCACUUGGGGGACAUGACCAGUGAAGAGGUGGUUCAGCAGAUGACUGGACUCAAAGUACCCCUCUCUCGUUCCUGCAGUAAUGACACCCUGUAUAUCCCAGACUGGGAAGGCAGAGCCCCAGACUCUAUUGAUUAUCGAAAGAAGGGAUAUGUUACUCCUGUCAAAAACCAGGGUCAGUGUGGUUCCUGUUGGGCUUUUAGCUCUGUGGGAGCCCUGGAGGGACAGCUCAAGAAGAAAACUGGCAAACUCUUAAAUCUGAGUCCCCAAAACCUGGUAGACUGUGUGUCGGCAAACGAUGGCUGUGGAGGGGGCUACAUGACCAAUGCCUUCCAGUAUGUGCAGAAGAACCGGGGCAUUGACUCUGAAGACGCCUACCCAUAUGUGGGACAGGAUGAAAGUUGUAUGUAUAGCCCAACAGGCAAGGCAGCUAAGUGCAGAGGGUACAGAGAGAUCCCGGAGGGGAAUGAGAAAGCCCUGAAGAGAGCAGUGGCCCGAGUGGGACCCAUCUCUGUGGCCAUUGAUGCAAGCCUGACCUCCUUCCAGUUUUACAGCAAAGGUGUGUAUUAUGAUGAAAACUGCAAUAGUGAUAAUCUGAACCAUGCGGUUUUGGCCGUGGGAUAUGGGAUCCAGAAGGGGAACAAGCACUGGAUAAUUAAAAACAGCUGGGGAGAAAACUGGGGAAACAAAGGCUAUAUCCUCAUGGCUCGGAAUAAGAACAAUGCUUGUGGCAUUGCCAACCUCGCCAGCUUCCCCAAGAUGUGACAUCAGCAAGCCAAAUCCAUCCUGCUCUUCCAUUUCUUCCAUGAUGGUGUCAUCUACUAAUGUAUUUUGGAGAGGACUUGGUGUGCCUUUCUUGAAACAGGUGUAGUGAUACAGAGAUUGUCCAUUCAUUUUCCCCAUUUGUUUAUGCUUCAAGUGACACUCCUACUUUCCUCCUCUCCACCCGAGGCCUUUAUUUUUCAUUGUGGCUGCAGUAGGAAUUUCUUAAGAGGUAGACUAAGAAAUGUGACCAUAACCUGCCGUGUUUUGUUCUGGGACAAAUGCUAUGGAAAUAAUGGUCAGAGGCUGGAGAUUUUCACAUAAGCUAGAUUCUCAUUCAAAGGGACUAGUUAGCUUAAACCACUCUAGACCACUAAGUUGACAUGACUUCUUAGUCCCCAAGUUCACUCCUGUAUCCUCAAGAUAGAAAUUACUGUUUUCCAUCCCCAAUUCAUGAAUCAAUUCAUAAAUCUUUGGAUAAAAGUUUACCAGAUACAAGAAAUGUGUUUUCUUUCUUCUUUGCAUUUUUAAAGUAAACCAGUAUUCAUCUCUUGUCCGUAAUUUAAUAAAUGGCUACUUAGUAAACACUCAUUUUGUGCUGGAUACUGUGCUAGGUGUUGGAGAGGAAAGGUGAAUUAAAGCAUAUUCCUUAUA